GAGCGCGCGAGAUACAGGCCUGCGAGAAGAGCGCGAGCUUGAAACUUGAAGAAAUGUAACGGGGUCGGCUUGGUGUAUUUGAAGCGCGCGCGCGUGCGUGUGGAGGCAUGGCGGAGAGCGCGCGCGUCUGAAUGAACAGAGUUUUCCGACAUGCCCGGAGAUGUUUCCCUCAUCAGGAACCGGACAGAUGUGCUGCAGGGUCGCUCGUGGGCCACCGAGGUGUUGGCCGGAAGCGGCGGCGGCGGUGGCUCGCGACCUGGACCGACAUGGCAAGUGGCUGUGCUCUCGAGCGUGUUGAUCUUCACGAGCGUGGGGGACGUGUUGGGAAACACACUGGUCAUCGUGUCCGUGCUCAGGAACCGCAAACUGAGGAACGCAGGUAAUGCGUUUGUGGUGAGCCUUGCGUUGGCAGACCUGCUGGUGGUGUGUUACCCGUACCCGCUUGUCCUUCACGCGCUGCUACACUCCGGCUGGCUGCCUGGCGAGACCGAGUGCAAAAUUAGUGGCUUUCUGAUGGGCGCCAGCGUCAUCGGAUCCGUCUUCAACAUCACAGCUAUUGCACUCAACCGCUACUGUUUCAUCUGCCAUGCCCGCACUUAUGCCAAAGUGUAUGGCCGCGUUGGUACGCUGGCUCUAAUCACACUUGUGUGGGCUCUAACAGGCGUCGCCAUACUGCCCAAUCUUGCACUGGGGUCACUAACCUAUGAUCCUCGUGUGUAUUCUUGCACUUUUAGCCAAACUGCAAGCGCCGGUUACACCUUUGCUGUGGUUUUCGUUCACUUUCUGUUUCCUAUUGUCAUUGUAACAUUCUGCUAUGCACGGAUUUGGAUGCUCGUGCUAAACGUGAGACGGAGAGUAUCUAGCGAGACGAGGCCCCGCCUCCGGCCAAGUGAGGUCCGUCAUUUCCUCACCAUGUUCGUCGUCUUUGUGCUGUUCGCAGUCUGCUGGGCGCCGCUCAAUCUGAUUGGCUUAGCUGUUGCCGUGGAUCCACCCAAAGUGGCACCAUUGAUUCCCGAUUGGCUCUUUGUGGUCAGCUAUUUUAUGGCGUAUUUCAACUCCUGCCUCAACGCUGUUGUAUAUGGGCUGCUCAAUCAGAACUUCCGGCGCGAGUAUCGAUGCAUCCUGAUGUCACUCUGUAAGCCCCGCCUCUUUCUGCAGGAAACAUCGAGGGGUGGAACGGAGCGAAGCAACAAGCAAUCCCAGGGGAACAACAACAACGAGCAGGCAAAAGCCGAGACUAUUUAAUGAUUCAGGAAUAUCAGUACGAUCCAUCCAAACUUUCAAAAAAAAAAAAUCCUGAAAGAGAACUUAUGUUCCAGUGACACGAUACACUUUAGGGAUACGCAUUAGCAAUAUGGCAUUAGACAUUACCGAUUCACGAAUGGACAAAAUGAGAGAGUGGGACAGGGAGCUCGGAACACUAAUCCAAUAAUAAAAGCAGAAUGUUCAGCGUUGUACACUUUCGAAUAUUUCUUAUUGCAAAUGAUGGUAGAAACAAACCUCGCGAAAGCAAAUCAGUAAUGCAGAACCAAUUUCGAAAUAAAAAGCCUCAAUUAAAGAACAAGCUGCAAUCAUAAAAUAGCACCAGUACCAAUGAUCCAAUUAAGCCGUCCUGUUACAAAUCGCUUCGAACAUUCUUAUUAUACACAGGCUAUAUUUCACAAAUGGUCAAAUGUUUCUUUGCACUAUUAUACAAAUAUUACACUCGCUCUGAACAAAACAUCCAGAACAAACAGAACUGAACAUACCCACAGUGUUUCAGUAGUACCAUUACAACACACAACACGAGUUAACCCACUCACCCACCUACCUCCAUGCUAGAUACGAGUCUGUACAGCUUUCUGUUCAAAAUGGUUGAUGGAAACGUCUCAAACUUUGAUCGAAUGAAGCAGAAAAAUGUUCCCAAAACACCACUCAGGCAGUUUUGGAAAUGGUUUUGCUUCUAAAUAUAACCUCUAACAAACAAGCACCAUGUCAAUAAUGCGACUAAUGCCCAGGUCAGACGGCAGAAAGACGCAUGCCGCGACCAGACAUUUUGCGUCAAAUCCUUCAUUGUGGUCAGAUGUAUUGCAAGACGCAGAGUUUUUAAGCUGAAUCAACCAGUCGGAAGCAGAUGCAGGUUGACACAGCGCAUAGAAAAACUUUAAAAAAUAUAUAUGGCCAUAAGACUGCUUGCAGGCUGUUGUAAACUAUUUGCAGGUGCAGUCUGCGUCUACCUGCAAUGCAUCGCAGCCAUCUCUAAAGACUUGUCUUCCCCUGCGUCAGCCUGCGUCUAGCUGCCGCUACUUGCUUCAACGUGCGAUUGGUUGCUCAAGCGUAGCACGACUGCCUGCGUCAACCUGCUAUUUGCACCAACUGGAAGCGAAUCGCAGCUGAAAUGCGAACAGAUCAUGAUCCACUUGCGUCAACCUGCCUCUACUAAGGACCCUUUGCAACACUCUGACAUUAUCUGCAUUGUCGUGCGUCGACGCAAGACCACUCUUGUGCCUACCUGCGAUUUUGCCUGAAGUCUGACCUGGGCAUAACAAGUACAAUAUUAGUUAAGCAGAGACUAUUUAACUCAGUUGUCGUGAUCCAAAAAUGGCAAAUUUUAUGCGAAGGUGAAAAUGAUACUGUAUUAUAACAUCGUUCGGUUUCUGUUCCUCCAGUUCAACAAUUGCAGCAACGCACUGCUGAGAGCCAAAUGAAAACUGUAAGAGAAAAGGUCGCGGUCUUGCAAACGUUUCCUUCAGUAACUGACAGAAAACGUCUCCUGGAUGCCAGUUAUUGAGCGUAAAACGUUAGCAGCACUAUCCGCUAAGUAAGAGGACAUGUAAAAAGCUCUGUUUAAAAUUUCUCAUGUAAUCGUUCUGAUUAGGGUUAAGAGUCUUUCACUUACUGGCCAGGAAAAGAAAAAGCAGUGUCCGAGGCAUUUUCCCUAACACCACAUUACAGCUACAUCUUUUUAUUGCAUCUGCUGUACUUUACAGGCCAAAUGCGACCCUUAAAAGACUCCAUUUUAUGAGCAAUUUCAUGUCCUCUGAGGCCUGACCUUUUCCUGGUUCCUGUAAACUUCUAACUGGUUCCACAGUAACGAAGUUUUACUUUGUACCUAAGGACUACAUUCAGCUCAGCAGAAGAAAUCGUGGCGAAACAGUGAAACAGAAGCAUCACGGUGCUAUUAUUGUUGUUACUUUUGGGUAUGAAUGCUGCAGUAAUGGAUCUCCAAGCAUGAUGCAUUCAUUUUUAACACGCUCAGUCACUGGAACAGCAAACGCUUUUAUACAGUACAGCAUAGUCCUCGAACAUACAGAGCAACUAUCAGACUAUCAGCUGAUGCUCAUUGUUGCCCAUGAUGAUACACUGGGAAUAAUCAUUAGCAACUUUUAGCAACGAACAAAACUGACCAUUUCAUGUAGCUCAAGUGAUUGAGAUUUGAAACCUAGCAUCUUAGAAUGAACGUAUUAGCUAAGAGAAAUGAACUUAGUGUGGAUCGGAAAGACUUGAGUUUAAAGCCAUUGGGGUUUAACUGAUCAGUCUUUUAGUAAAGUUGCGUGUAAAUUAUUUUGUAACGCAAACCAAACAAAGCGAUUUGAUAACAGUGAUUUUCUUAACACUUCUCAAAUGCUAGCUAAGCCAUGAAAGAGCGCCUCCAAAGUCCAGCGUCUACUAAAUCUUUCAGUAAAGCAGCUCAGCUGUUGUAGUAUGUCGGCUACCAUAAACACAAACUAACUCUUUAUUAUUUUACAGGGAGCCAUUACUUUUAUCCUAAC